GAGUAUCAGUCUACACACACUUCACCAUAGUGACAUCAAACCAAGUUGGUUUUGCAAGAAUGUUGAUGCAGUUGUGUUUCAAGAACGUCCACGGCUUCUUUUCAGCCCUGUUGAAAUGGAUUUCAGGAUGGAUGAUGGUAUUAGACACACUGGUGCCUCUUGGGAUGAUCAGUCGUCCGAAGAUUCGCACCAAAGAGCAGAAAGAGGGAUCCAGCGCACAGCUGACCACUCCAAGCAGUGUGAACUACCAUUUUACCCGGCAGUGCAAUUACAAAUGUGGCUUUUGCUUCCACACUGCGAAGACCUCGUUCGUCUUGCCUAUUGAAGAGGCAAAGCGAGGGUUACGACUUCUGAAAGAAGCAGGAAUGGAAAAAGUUAACUUUUCGGGUGGAGAGCCCUUUCUUCACGAGAGAGGCUCUUUUCUGGGAGAGUUGGUGCGAUACUGCAAACAGGAGCUGCAGCUUCCGAGCGUCAGCAUCGUUAGUAAUGGCAGUCUGAUCAAAGAAUCCUGGUUUCAGAAAUACGGUGACUACUUGGACAUUCUUGCAGUAUCUUGCGACAGUUUUAACGAAGACACCAAUAAAGUCAUUGGUCGAGGUCAGGGCAAGAAGAGCCAUUUGGACAAUCUACAUAAAGUUUGUUCCUGGUGCCGGGACUACAAGGUGGCUUUCAAAAUCAACUCGGUCAUCAACACCUACAAUGUGGACGAAGAUAUGACAGAGCAGAUCACUGCUCUGAACCCAGUGCGCUGGAAGGUCUUCCAGUGUCUGCUAAUUGAUGGUGAAAACGCAGGGGAGAACAGCCUCCGCGAGGCAGAGAAAUUUGUCAUUAGUGAGCAGCAAUUCCAAGACUACCUGGACCGCCAUCAGAGCGUCAAGUGUCUGGUUCCAGAGUCUAAUCAAAAGAUGAGAGACUCUUACCUGAUUCUUGAUGAAUAUAUGCGCUUCUUGGAUUGCCGAGAGGGGAGGAAAGAUCCGUCAAAGUCCAUUCUGGAUGUUGGUGUGGAAGAGGCCAUCAAGUUCAGUGGUUUUGAUGAGAAGAUGUUCCUCGUAAGAGGGGGGAAAUAUGUGUGGAGCAAGGAAGAUAUGAAACUGGAGUGGUGACCUUUCUCAAUAUUGCUUUUUUUUAACUCUGUUUACAUUGAAAGCUGAUUUAAUUUAUAAAUGCUAAACAAUAAAUAAUUAUAC